AGUGUGUGUAUAAGCGAGUGAAGCAAGAAAAGUUAGCUAGCUAGGGUUUUAGCAGUCAUCGAGUUUUGGGAGGGGUUUUAGGAAUUUCCGAAUCUGAUUUACAAUUCUCCCCUCUCUCUUCGAUUCCUAACAAUGGCGUCUCCGAUUCCUCCUCCCACCGGCGACACCAAGGUCGACGACAAAGUCGAUUACUUCAACCUUCCUUGUCCCAUUCCAUUCGAAGAGCUCCACCGUGAAGCUAUGAUGUCUUUGAAACCAGAUCUUUUUGAAGGUAUGCGUUUUGAUUUCACCAAAAUGCUCAAUCAGAAGUUCUCUCUCAAUCACAGUGUGUCGAUGGGACCUACUGAGGUUCCUUCUCAGUCCACGGAAACUAUUAAAAUUCCAACUGCUAACUAUGAGUUUGGUGCAACCUUCAUUGACCACCCUAAGUUGUUGCUUUGGGGGAGAGCGAUGACCGAUGGCAGACUGAAUGCAAGAGUCAAGUGUGACGUAUCUGAGAAUCUCACUUUUAAAGCCAAUGCUCAGCUAACAAGUGAGCCACAUAUGUCGCAUGGGAUGGGCAACUUUGAUUACAAGGGAAAGGAUUAUAGGACACAGUUUCAAUUUGGGAAUGGGGCCUUGCUAGGGGCAAGUUAUAUUCAGAGUGUGACAAAUCAUUUAUCAUUGGGUGGGGAGGUAUUUUGGGCUGGUCAGCAUCGGAAGUCUGGUAUUGGUUAUGCUGCUCGUUACAACACUGAUAAAAUGGUUGCCACAGGACAAGUUGCCAGCACUGGAAUGGUUCUUCUAAGCUAUGUUCAGAAGGUAUCUGAGAAGGUUUCUCUAGCUUCUGAGUUAAUGUGUAACUACUUGUCAAGAGAUGUUACUGCUAGCUUUGGUUAUGACUACAUCCUAAGACAGUGCCGCCUUAGGGGAAAGGUUGAUUCCAAUGGCGUUGUUGCUGCGUUUUUGGAGGAGCGGUUAAACAUGGGUCUGAAUUUCAUUCUUUCUGCAGAGCUUGAUCACAAGAAAAAAGACUACAAAUUUGGGUUUGGUUUGACCGUUGGAGAAUAAAUAGCACUGACUAGAGCUGUAUUUCCAUUGCCUUAGCCAGCCUAGCCUAGCAAGCUUUCUUGCUUCUUUACUUGUUGGAGAUUUGUCUUUUUGAAAAGAGAAAACAAAGGAAUAUAAAUUGUGUCGGCAAACUACAUUUGUUAUCCGCAAGUUGGCCCCAAAAAACUUAAAAUUUAUUUGGAACUCUUGCCCUGUUUUCCCUUGAGGGGGAUGUAGAGUGAUGGUAGCAGAUCAAUGCAUAUUAUGAUAUUCAUUUUCAAUAUCCUGGUGUUAUGCUAAAAUAUCUAUCGAUUUCUUAGACUUCUAAUAAUCUAUGUAACCUCUGCAGCAAGACGAUAAUUUGGUGAUAUGUUAACGGUUUGUAUGUUUUCACAAUCAUGGAAGACUUGUUGGAGGAGUCUUUUAUGUAAAGGAUUGAUCAAGUUAAAUAAACGAUAGUAGUAAUUAUAUUGUUGGCU